AUGGAUCCAAUAGACACUGUAUAUGUCAAAGAAGAGGAGAUAUUCAACGAAAACUCUUCCAAAACCAGCCCAGAGAAUGAAAGGGCCAGUAGGACAGAGGAAACGAUAGAUAACUUGGAACAAGAAAUUGACAAAGCAUAUGGAGUAGUUGAGGCAAAGUUUCAAGAUUUAUGGAAUGACAAUGCAGACUUGCUUCAGAAUAAAUAUCACUUGGACGAGCACAAGCAAUCGUUAGUGAGACAGUUGAACACGUUGAAAGCAAAUGUGAGUGAAAACAAAAACUUGCAAGCUGCUAGCGAAGGUUUUAGAGCAUUCGAAGAACAAUUGAAACAAGCAAAUCUCGAGCAACGUUUACAUGUAAACGAGUUGAAAAAGACUGCCACCAGUGCCCUUGAUGCCUUGGAUUCCCGAUUGGAGAUUGUUGAAAAUAAGGCUAAUGAGUAUGUCACCCAGUUUACAUCGUUUUUCUCCAAUAUAGUCUCAGUGAGACCCGAAACGGACCCAGAACAACCACAGGAUGACAAAGAAGUGCUUUAUAGCUCACCAUUAAACAAAUACACUCAGUAUGGUACAACAAGGUAUGAACGCGACUUGUUAAAGUUGCACACAACUGAGGCAUACUUCACUGAGGAUGGAAAUGACGAUCCGGAAGAAUUAAAGCAGUUCAAUUCAGAUUCAAAAACCACUGAAAUUGAUAAUCUUUUAAAGAAAUACCCUGACACGUUGACUGAGAUGAUGAAUGAGCUUGUGCCAGUAAGAGUUAGUUAUAACACUUUUUGGUACAGGUAUUUCAAAAACGAGGAGAAGUUGAAGGAAUUAGAUGAACAGAGGAAGAAUUUACUCAGGAAGGAAAAGAAUGGCGAGGAAACAACAGGUAAAACCAAUGAAAAGGAAGAGGACGAUUUUACUUGGGACGAUGAGGAUGAAGAAGAAACUCCUGUAAAGGUAGACAAGCCCAAGGAGUCUGAAACGGCCUCUAAUACGAGAUCGGAGAAGAGCAAAGUAAAAGUUGGUGAUGGUGUCGACAAGAAUGACAAUGAUGACGAUGAUGAUGAUGAUGAUGACUGGGAAUAG